AUGCGACCAACGUUUCUAAUAACAAUCCUCUUGCUGUUCGUCUUCCAGCAACAUGACAUCGCCAAUGCCAAUGAAGAACGUGUCGCGGGAUUGAGAGGAAAGCCACGGGAUGACGGUGGUGGGAGACAAUACGUCAACGCCGCGCGAAGCCACAAAUCUAGAAGACGGCGAAGGGCCACCAGGAAUACUGCUGACAACAACUUGCUACGAGGGGCAAACAGCAAAAUCUUCAUCGAUGGUCGUGAAGAGGGAAGCGGGGCCAAAGAUGCACGAAAGAAUUCAAGGGUCAAAAAGGAACAGCGUGCUCUGACUCAUACUGGUAGAUCCGGGCAAAAGGGACAAGCUACCGGUAGGGCACGUGGGGUGAAAGGGGAAACAGAAGAACCAUCAGAAGCUCCGUCGUUGGAGCCCUCCAAUAAACCAACAAGCUAUCCCUCGGUACCUCCUUCAGACAAUCCAACAUCAAGACCGUCUUUCGGGCCAUCAAACGAUCCAACAAGGACGCCAUCAGACGUCCCAUCGGGUGUUCCAUCAGAAGCUCCCACGGCAUCGAAGAAGGGGGGCAAGAAUAAAAUAAAGGGGGAGAGGGAAACGUCUCACCCCACACGAUCACCAACGACACUGCCGACAUCAUUGCCUGAGAGUUUGACAAUUGAUUCGAUCAUGCCCGUCGCUGAGCUGCCAGCAACCGAGAGACCCAUAGGGCACCCUAGCUCGACUAUCGACCCGUCUCCACCGCCAACGGGAUUGCCGUCUCCUGUUCCAGCAGACUUGACCAAUGAGCCAACCGAAGCUCCUUCAACAGGAUCAACUUCAGGGCCGGCUACUGACCCGUCUCCCCCGUCAACGAGAUUUCCUACUCCUGUUCCAACAGACUUGACCAAUGAGCCAACAAGAGUUCCUUCAACUGGAUCAACUUCAGGGAUGCCGUCCUUGGACCCAUCAAUCCAGCCAACUCAGCUACCCACAGACGGCCCGGUAACUGAAUCUCCUUCGGAGUUUCCCACGGCAUAUCCAACGAUGGUUCGUUUUGCUGCGCUAACACGAUUUCCGACGAACGAGCCACAGCCUGAAAACGAAUCCAAGAAACAGCCUGAGUUCAAAGUUGCAGAGGGGAGCCCCACAAGCGAUCCAACCCUGCCACCAACAGAUUCACCAAGCGUCUAUCCCACAAUCUUCUCGACGCGAUUCCCCACAGUCAGCCCUAUCUCACCAGAUCCCACAACCAUUCCAACGAGUGCGGAUCAUGGUGCCGAAAGCCCCGAGUUCUCUGAAAGCGAAGAGAAACCCAUCACAACCGCUCCAACAACAGUUCCAACAGAAGAGCCUACUGCAACCAGAAUCUCUCCUUCCACAUAUCUUCCGCAAUAUUUCAUGUAUGAUGCCAAAAAAGGGUCUUGGGUGUCAAAUAAGCAUGCAGAAGAGAGUCCCCCAACUCAAAUACCGACAGCGCUGAGUGCUUUGCCAAGUCAAACUCCCGUUGAUGCUUUGACUCAAUCGCCAACACCAGAUCUCGUCACUGUAGCUCCCACAACAAUCCCAAAAGAAGAGCCCUCAGCCAUGCCGUCUUCCUCCGUAAAUCUUCCGCAGUCUUUUAUGUAUGAUGCCGAGACAGGUACUUGGGUCAUAAAGAAACAAGCAGACGAGAUCCCCGCAGUUGACCUAGCUCCGCCGGGGGUAGAUAAACCGAGCACCCCUUCUGUUGCUUCGGCAGAAUCUCCCACUCCAGAAACCACGGCUGCUGGGCCCACAACUGGCUCAACAAGAGCACCAUUAACCCCGAAUCCGUACUCCAUCCCACCCUCUACCCAUCUGCCAUAUCACUUGUGGAACACAUAUGAUUCAUCUACAAGUGCACCAAAUCGAUUCGGGUAA